GUGAUACUGCGAUAACAAGAAAUAUAAGAUUUGAGAUUCCAAUUUCUUUGUUAUUCCUUAGCUUUCUGUGUGACCAAACAAGGGGUGUCGAGUUUUCUUGUAGUUUAUGAUUUCUUUGUCCUUUAUGGAAUCUUUUUGGGUUUGUGUUUUGCUUGUUUAGUAAGCGAACUUUCAGACUGGGUGAACAGGGAGACAUGUUGGGGCUUUUUGGUUUUCAUUCUUUCCUUGCAGUGUUGGGAAGUUGGUUAGACUAUAUACAUAGGAUGUUGGCUUUUCUAUAGGGGACUUCAUAGGAGCUAUGUAUUCUAGGUGUUGUUUGUUAGCCCAGUCGGAGAGAUGCGUUCAGAAGAAACCCUGCUGUUCGUUUAUAAUGUUUUAUGGAGCGUAUCUUCAUGCUCUUAUGCUUUUGAUGAGGGAAAGGGUCAAGGCUGAAUGGAAGACCAGAGGCUGUCUUGGAUGCUAUCCAAAACCUAAACUAACCACUUCAGUGGAUGAGUCAUCAAAAGGGAGAUCUCAAAGGCAAGGACGAUCUGUGAAGAAAUCAAGGGUAUUAAAGGACUCCCGGAGCACCAGCACCUGUGAAAUGGACAACAGUGCAGUUCAUUCCCAGAGAAGCAUCUCAUCAAAUCAAGGCCUUGAUACUGGGGGUUGUGCUGGCAGAAUGAGCAACCCAUCUGAAUUCAUUAAUCACGGUCUGCUUCUGUGGAAUCAGACAAGGCAGCAGUGGCUUGGAAACAGAGGGUCGCACAGGCACCCACAAGUCCGUGAACCCAGAAUAAGUUGGAAUGCAACUUAUGAGAAUCUACUAACCAGCAAUAAGCCUUUCCCCCAGCCCAUCCCCCUUCCUGAAAUGAUAAAUUUCUUGGUAGAUAUUUGGAAGCAGGAUGGUUUGUAUGAUUGAUUGAGCAAACCAGGAAAACUCUAAACUCUUCUCUCUUUUUUUCCUCCUCCUUCAAAUCUUUAUUUGUACUGAUUAAAUAUCAGGGACUACUGUAUUUUUUCAAUUUGAAUUCAUCUUCUGUGCUUA